AUGGCUACAAUCUCGGUACCCAGCUUUGAGAAGGGCUCUCCAACGGUGUACAAUGUCAUUGUGUCCGUACAGGGUCAAACGCACCAAUUGCAGAAGCGCUACAGCGAGUUUGUGUUGCUGGCCCAGGAGGUCGAGCAGGAAACCGGGUCUCCUGUGCCCGUGGAGGCGCCAGCCAAGGCAUGGUUUCUGAACGACGCUGAUCUUGAAGACAGAAGGCGUGGUCUUGAAGCCAUGAUCCGCGCACUGGCUCGCUCCGAGGAGUGCUUUGCCACGUUGGCCGUGCAGAGCUUUUUAGAAAUGUCCAAGCUACGGCGGAACCAAUCGAGCGCGACCGGGGCUGCGGACUGGACGGCGACUAUUGAGAAAAUCAACGAGAGUAUUGCGCAGGCCAAGGUGGCAGACGCAAUGCACCAACACAAACUGUGUUUGAAUGCCCAAACCAUGCUGGCCGGUCUGCAAAAGCUGAACGAGCAGUCGAGCACUUUGGGGGCCCGCGAAAAAGUUCGCCGUCAGCAGAAGAUUGACGAAUUGCACCAAAAAAUCACCGCGAUCCGCAGCGAUGGUUCCAACCAACCGCGCACUAGUCCUGCUACGAGCGGCCGGGGGUCGAGCCAGCCCGCAGACAAGAGAACGGGCCGCGUUCUGGGCGAAACCCAGGUAACCAAGUCUCUGGAUAACCAGGAGCUUUUAAUGCAUCAAAAACGCACUAUCCAGGAUCAAGAUGCAGAAGUGCAGCUGCUGCGGGAUGCUAUCAGCCGGCAGAGACAGUUAGGGUUAGCCAUCAAUGACGAGAUAGUGAAGCAGAACAGCAUGCUUGACGACUUGGACGCUGACGUUCAUCGCGUUAAUACCAAAUUGAACCAGGCCCAACGCAAGACCUCUAAAUUCCUUUAA